UUGACACUUUUUAAAAAGCAAGUGAAACAUGAUAAUGACAAAGUGUAGACAUGUUCCGAGUAAAACGAUUUGAACCUUUUGGCUUUCCAUAGGGGAGAGCGAGAUUGCAAGCGGUUCGGAGGGGGGUGCGUUGCUCAGGCAGGACCGAGGAGGAAUCACAGCAGCCCCGGCUGGGACUGCCAUACCCGACCCGCUGGAUCCCCGGAGGAACAGAGAGAACACGUCGCCCAAGGGAGAGGAGCUCUGUUCAGGCUGUAGGAUGUUCUCGUCAGUGAAGGCCUUUGAGGGGCAGCAAUACUCCACCCUGAAGAGGCAAUGCCUUGCCAGUGGCCUUCUGUUUGAAGACCCACACUUCCCCGCCUUGGACGACACCCUCUUCUACCAGGGCAACAGGAUUGGACGCGUGCACUGGAAAAGACCCCAGGAGCUCUCUGAGGACCCUCACCUGUUUGUGGAUGGGAUCAGUGCGCACGACCUGCACCAGGGCCAGCUGGGAAACUGCUGGUUUGUGGCAGCGUGCUCCAGCCUGGCCUCCAGAGAGUCCCUGUGGUCUAAAGUCAUCCCAGACUGGAAAGAGCAGGAGUGGGACACUGAGACACCCGAGUCGUACGCCGGGAUCUUCCACUUCCGCUUCUGGCGCUUCGGAGAGUGGGUGGAUGUGGUGAUCGACGACCGGCUUCCCACGGUGGACAACCAGCUGGUCUACUGCCACUCGGAUGACAGCAACGAGUUCUGGAGCGCACUGGUGGAGAAGGCCUAUGCCAAAGUGUACGGCUGCUACGAGGCCCUGGAUGGCGGGAACACGGCGGAUGCCCUGGUGGACUUCACAGGGGGCGUUUCGGAGCCCAUGGACCUGCUGGAGGGCCAGAUGGCCACUGACGAGGUGGCCCGCAACCAGCUGUUUGAGAGGGUGCUGAAGGUCCACAACCGGGACGGCCUCAUCAGCUGCUCCAUCCGGGCGACCACAGUGGAGGACAUGGAGGCACGGCUAGACUGUGGCCUGGUCAAGGGCCACGCAUACGCAGUGACGGACGUGAAGAAGGUGCGUCUGGGCCAGGGCCUGCUGGCAUUCUUCAAGUCAGAGAAGCUCAAUAUGAUCCGCAUGAGGAACCCCUGGGGAGAGAAGGAGUGGAGCGGGCCCUGGAGCGACAGCUCAGAGGAGUGGAAGAAGGUGAGCAAGAGUGAGAGAGAGAAGCUGGGCGUCACCGUGCAGGAUGACGGAGAAUUCUGGAUGACGUUUGAUGACUUCUGCCAGUACUUCACGGACCUGAUCCUGUGCCGCCUCAUCAACACCUCUUAUCUGAGCAUCCACAAAACAUGGGAGGAGGAAGUGAUGAGGGGCUCCUGGGUCCCCCGCCAAGACCCUCUGAGGAACCGCUCUGGGGGAUGCAUCAACCACAAGGCCACCUUCCUCCAGAACCCACAGUAUGUGUUUGAUGUGAAUAAGGUAGAGGAUGAGGUGUUGAUAGCCCUGCAGCAGAAGGAGAGAAGAGCCACCACCAAAGAGGGCAAAGGAGAUAACCUGGCCAUAGGCUUCGACAUUCACCGGGUGGAGCUGAACAGAAAGUACCGCAUGCACACGGCCCAGCAGAAGGUGGCGGGCUCCAUCUACAUCAACUCGCGCUGCGUCUUCCUCAGGAAGGAGCUCAAGGAGGGUCGCUACGUCAUCAUCCCCACAACUUUUGACCCCGGGCAGCAGGGCGACUUCCUGUUGCGGGUCUUCACCGACGUGCCUUCAGACUGCAAAGAGUUGAACCUAGAUGAGCCCCCACAGACGUGUUGGACGGGCAUGUGUGGUUACCCCCAGCUGGUCACCCAGGUCCACGUUCUGAGUGCUGAGGGACUCCAGGGCCAGGACUCUAAUGGAGCCUCGGACCCGUACGUCAUCAUCACCUGUGAGGGAGAGAGAGUGCGCUCGCCGGUGCACAAGGACACGCGGAGCCCCAACUUCGAUGUCAAAGGCCUGUUCUACCGCAAGAAGCCCAAGGAAGGCAUCCACAUUGAGAUCUACAAUAAGAACGUAAUUGUGGAUACCUUCCUGGGUCAGGUGACCCUGUCCAGUGACCCAAACGACCGGCAGGAGCAGCACACACUCCACCUGCGCGACAAGGGCAAUCGCCAAGACAACGACCUCCCGGGCACGGUCACCGUGCGCCUCAUCACCUGCAUCACACUCAUCAACAUAUGACGUCACAACCACCGCCGUCGCCGCUCUCGCCAUGAGAUGUCAAAGGAGUUUGACCUUUGUCAUCUUGACGACCUUUCGCCCCCCUAAACCGAGCAUGUCAGUUCAACGGUUAAUCCCCCCCCCACCCCUGCUCCACCCAACCCAACACCCCCUUCAACAUAUACACACAGCUUUCUUUCUUUCUGACUCUUUCUCUCACUCUCACUGUUACACACACACACACACAAACACACAGGCCAUGUCCAAAUAGUAGGCUGAUUGGGUAUGCGAAAAUAUCAAGUUUUAUAGUAUGUGAAAUAUUGAACGUUUUGUUUGCUUUAAAUGCCAGGAUGUCAUACUCAUUCAAUAUUUCCAUCUAGUAGAAUUCCCUGCACACUAUUGAGGAAGAGAAGUGUCUUUUCAGACCCUCGUAGGUGUGACAGCAGCCGAUAAACCGCUGAUAAUCAGCUACCAAAAUGAAAGAAUGGUGGGAAACAAAGCAAUUGUGCGUUAGAUGUCACAUUCUCAGUAUGGGGUGAGCCUGGUAUGUUUUGUUUUUUUAAGCUUACUGCCUACAUAUACUAAACAGUACAUUCUAAAUAGUAUGAAGUAUGACUAGUACACAGUAUGUAUAUCGUUUUAGUAAGUAGUAGGCAAGACUACUCUCUACAUGCCUUCAACUCUCUCUCUCACACACACAGACACACACACACACUUUUAACAUGCUCCUGCACCCCUCAUGCAUCUGCCAGCGUCUCUAAGGGCUAUACAUCGCCUUAAGGCUGAGUGGGUCCCUUUAGGAGCCUGUGACCAGCCAUAUGUCGGGUGGGAGGGGGGUCAUUGUAUUGGGUGGUACACUGGGUGUAGCCUUGCCUCCUCCCCCCUCCAUCACAUCUUUCCCCUCUUCCCACUCCCAUCCCCUCAGAAUACGCUACCCUUCGCUUCUACAGGUUGCCAUGGACAAAAUAGAGUUUAGCACGGCAAAAAGAUUCUGCCUGCAUUGCACACGCCCCGUUUACACACAAAUGUUUGAUUUAAUUUACCUUUAUUUAAGUAGGCAUCACACUCUUAGCUUAGCAACCGGCGCUUUUAAUAUGCUCCAGUGGAGUGCCAUGUUCAAGUGCUUUACGGGACCAAAGACGGACCAGGCCCUCCCUCCCUCUCUCUUUUGCCGGCGGCAGUUGCCACUGUGCCACGUCAGUCGGUCAUCUCUAUGGCAACGCCACUGCCUAACGCUUCCUAAGUCAUGGGACUCCUGUCAAUUGACCUGAAUCGCGUGAACUGAGAGACACAGCAGCUGUUGUCCGUGUGUGUGUGUGUGUGUGUGUGUGUGUGUGUGUGUGUGUGUGUGUGUGUGUGUGUGUGUGUGUGUGUGUGUGUGUGUGUGUGUGUGUGUGUGUGUGCAUGCAUUCGUAUGUGUUAUGCCUGCGCCUUUGAACAUCAUGCACCUCGCCUGGCUCUGACAGGCUCACGGACACGGCUGGAUGGAGGGAUGAGCGGAAGAAGAGAGAGAAGAGGCAGGAAAUCCAUCAGUCGACUCCUGCCAAAAACAGCGUGCCAUAGCCUUGUUCCUGGCUCUGACUCUGUUGUGACUCGAUACCGCUAUUCCCGACCGGAACACAGUUUGGAUUAGCAUCAUUUUAAACUAUUUGAAAUUGUAGUGUGAAAAGAGUGGGUUUUUGUCUGGCCAAGACAGAGACUAUCACAUCAUUCAGAAGCAUCACUGAUACAGCCCCCAAAACCUUUAGCAUCUCUUCUCACGUAGAUGAUGUCGCGCUUUCUCUUUUGACCUGCUUUCCACAGGCUAUUUAUCUCCCUUUGACAGUGGCAAGCGGCAGAGAAAGGAGAUACAAAAGUGCAAUAUGAUUGCAGAGACUUUUCUAGAGUAGGAUCUGACGUGGGAUCCCACGUACGUUAAGAAUCAUUCCAGAGACAUUUUAUUUUUUUGAAUGUAAUGCGGAGAGCUUUCGACCGACCGAUCUCUCGCUUUCUCUUUAUCGAACCAUCAAUCCUGUUUACUUGUUUAUGUGCUUGUUUCAAUGCCUUUUCUUUUUUUGCAUUCCUCGAACAAUGGCAUUUAUUGCAUUUGAUUUAUUUAUUGCAUUAUCACAGUUUAUAUAUUUAUAUAUUUAUUGAAUUAAUGUGUCUCACAUAGAUCAUUUUUAAUGAUAUGUACAUGGCCUUGUAUUGUUCUUCCAUUGUUACUAUUUUAUAUUUUCUUUCCAUCUUCAGUGUGGGAAACAAAUGGUCGUGUUUAAGAAUCAGCAUGUUUACACUAUUGCACCUCAUAUCAAUGUCAUAUCAAGAUGUUUAAAAGGGUCACUUUUUAAGGUACUGAUCAGUGACAUCCACCAUUCAUAACAAUAUGUUUUUACUAUUUACUGUCAUUCGUUGCUUCAAAUGACGAAAAUGUCAUUCAGGUGCUGUGUGACAUAUGUAUUUCCUUCUAUGCUGUUCAGUUGCAGACUAAGACAGAGAGACUAAACUGGUUGCUAAAAAAAAAACUCUGAAAGGGAUAGUUCAUGCUAAAUCUAUUUUUGUGUCUGAAGGCCCAUAGCGACAGUAUCUGCCAGUAGUUAGCAUAAUUAGAAUCGUCCAAAUUCAUUCAUGUAAACAGCGGUGCCGAUAUUGGCAGAGCUGCUUUGCAAGCAGAAACUUCAAACUGUCUUGUUAUAAGGCAAUAUGUUAUACAAGUAACAUAAUUUAACAAAAACUGAAACAAAAAAUAGAAAAUAUAGAAAAUUAGACAAACAAUUUAGUAAACUGAAAUAAAAUAAUUCAGAAAAACAUUUUAUACCAAAAGUAUGUGGAUACCCGCUCGUUGAACCUCUCAUUCCAAAUCAUGGACAUUAAUAUGGAGUUGGUGCCCCUUUGCUGCUAUAACAGCCUCCACUCUUCUGGGAAGACUUUCCACUAGAUGUUGGAACUUUGCUGGGGGGACUUGCUUCCAUUCAGCCACAAGAGCAUUAGUAAGGUCGGGCACUAAUGUCGGGCGAUCAUGCCUGGCCCGAAGUCAGCGUUCCAAUUCAAUGUGGUUGCGGUCAGGGCUCUGUGCAGGCCAGUCGAGUUUUUCCACACCGUUCUCGACAAACCCUUUCUGUAUGGACCUCGCUUUGUGCACGCGGGCAUUGUCAUGCUGGAACAGGAACGGGGCUUCCUCGGGGCGGCAGGGUAGCCUAGUGGUUAGAGCGUUGGACUAGUAACCGGAAGGUUGCAAGUUCAAACCCCCGAGCUGACAAGGUACAAAUCUGUCGUUCUGCCCCUGAACAGGUAGUUAACCUACUGUUCCUAGGCCGUCAUUGAAAAUAAGAAUUUGUCCUUAAUUGACUUGCCUAGUUAAAUAAAGGUAAAAUAAGAAAAUAAAAAAACUGUUGCCACAAAAUUGUAAGCACAGAAUCGUCUAGAAUGUCAUUGCAUGCUGUAGCGUUAAGAUUUCACUGGAACUAAGGGGCCUAACCAGACCAUUAUUCCUCCUCCACCAAAGUUUCAAAUCAAAUCAUCAAAUCAAUCAGUUUACAGUUGGCACUAUGCAUUCGGGCAGGUAGCGUUCUACUGGCAACCGUCAAGCCUGUAGCUAACAGGGAAGAAAUCCGAGCUUGAAUGUGAACCAUAGGCGUGAACAAUGGCGGCAUCCGUUGUUUUGAGUACAUUGCUAGAAAGGACAAAAGAAAAUGUAUUGGAGUGUCAGAAGAUGGCAGCACGUGUGGGACAGAGAUUAAAGAGAACACCCAAAGAACCUCAACGUUCAUCUGAACUGUGCCCACAAAGAAUCAUACACUUUCAUUAUAAAGCCAGCCACCGGCUUAUUAGUAUCUGCUCGUCAACAGCAACCAACUUUAGCAUGAAAAGAAUAGAAACAUCAGAACCUAAUACAAGUUUAAAAAAAGAGAAGAAGCGCUUGUUCAUUUAUUCAUCCAGUCUGGCAAGUCCACGAGCCUUCAGAUAAUUCAACCAACCACCUGAUCCCAAAUGUAAAACCUGGCGCUGCUAGAGUAAACAGGUGGAUUGCUUUGCAAAUGGAUACAGCAACCCAGAAAGUUAAGGAGAUUCUGAAAGAGGCAUGACAAAAUGACCGUGUGUAAACGGAUGGAGCAAGAAAGGAAUGACUACUUCAUUUAUGGGUAUAUCAGCCUGCUUCUAUCACCCCUCCUCCAACAAGGCACAGCAUGCGUUGCUCCAACCUCCAUCGGAUUUAGCAUCCAUACACCGGAGAGGUAAUUGACUGCAAGUGACAUACCAGAGGAGAAGAUCCUACUUGUCGUAACUGACAACGGGGUGAACAUAGUCAAGGCUAUCGAGCUAUUACAGAACUGGCAAGAGAAUGAUCAACAACAAUCAGAGCUGGCCAUAGCUUUGAACGGUGUGGUAGGAAUGUCUGAAUCUGAGUUAGACACAGACGAUUAUCCUUUUAAAUCCAAGUCACAUUAAGAUUCAUUUAGAAUUUAAACCGAAACAAACCUAUGACCUGACCCAUCACCUUAUGUAUUAUUGUCCCCCAGUGACAAGAAGGGACCCCCCCCCCCCAGAAUAGAAACUAUAGACCUGCCACGCAUGCAUAAUGCUACUUUCUGUCCCUAACACACACAUUUAAACUGACAUGAAAUAAUAUCAAAUGAUAUAGAAAUUAUUUUAUCCAACUCAAAGUAAAUUUAAAAAAAAAAUAGUACAUUUGUCUGAAGACGAGCUGAAACUAAACUGAAUUUGAAAUAAAAAUCUAUAAACGAAAACUAAAUCACAACUAUAAUAACCUAGAUGUUUUGUCUCUAUGAAGGAAACGUUCAAGUUACUCAUAAUGGCUGUAAUUUAGUCAGGAUCAUUUUGAGAUGAUAAUGAAGUGAUAAUGCCUGAGAAGCCGGUGUUUGGGGGAUAUAUUGGCGCGGGUGUCGUUAGGCCCGAGACGAAGUCGAGCCUCAAGAUCACCCCCAAAAGCUAACGUUCUGUUUAUCCUCUAAGUAAAGUGUUACAGAGAAUAUAACGCUAUGGAGAGAAGGGUCAUGGUAAAGGCAAUAGAGUACCAUAGAGUGCAUACAGGUGUCACAGGGUUAAAAUAUGAUAUACCAAGCAGAUUAAUCUUCCAUGCCAGGUGAAGAAGAGGUCCUCCUGUCAAUAAGGGGAUUGGUUGGUUUUCUGUUGCCAGGAUGUAGCCAUGUGUGUCCAUUCAGCCAGACUGGUGCUCGGCUCUACUCUGACCAGGGGCACCCGUGGUGGGCAGGCUGGCAGGUUAGCAGCAGCCAUUUUAGCUAUUUAUACGACUCAGUUUCACAAUCUUGUUGUGACCCCCACAGACAAACAAUGUCUUCAGUUAGGUAGUUUGCCCAAGUCCUUAUCGUUAGUUAUUGCUAGUUGUAGUAUUACAGCGUCUGUUCUGACCAUAUCUGAACCAAUAAUAGUCAACAGGACCAAGGGGUUGUAUCACAUUGUGGUAGACCAUCGCUCGUCUUUUUAACUCCAGACAAAUAUGUGCCACAACGGUGCCAAAAUGGACGGGAGGAAAAGACCAUUGUACUGCAGUGUACUGUUGGUUCAGGUUCUGCAGUAGAUUAGCUUUGUUUGUCGCUCUUGUGGACAUACAAUAACUAGUUAAACAUUGUGGGAAUUGUCAAGCCUUUCUCGUUCCAAUAUGCUUUUUUUGUGUGUCUUUGUCAAACACGCGUGCUGGUUGAGAUCUCAUUACGUUAACAUUGCACGUUCUUGUCAUUUGCCAGAAGCAUCACUUACUCAAGGUACGAUUGGUUUACCCUUGGUGAGCGGAGUGUCAAUUCGGUGAUCUGAUUUUUCUGGCUCUGUAUAUAUUUUUCUGAUGGUCCAUGGCAAAUGUUUUAAGGACACAAAACGCAUAAGAAUGUUCAGAACUUUGGCCAGUUUUAUAUCAAACCAAUAACACCAAUGCAUGAAGCAAAUUACUUCAAAUCAGCUUGCACAGUUUGAUUUACAAAGAUAUUAUAUUUUUUAUUCAGUGUUGUAAACAGUGUUACUACUUUCAUAUAUUGAAGGAUUCUGUUGCAUACUUGCAUGUAUUUUACAGAUUCUGAACAUUUGAAUUCAGCAUCCCAAACAGUAUGUACUGUAUAUGAAAAGUGGCAGCAGCCAAAGUGUUUGUCCACUACCGCAGGACUCCUAUUGUGACAAAUGUAGAUAUAUGGUGACGAACAAGGAAGUAGCACAAGGUCCCUCGUGGGCCGCAAACCCCAGUCGCCUGAUCGUGACACAAACCUCCUACCCCCCCGAUCCCAAUAAGGAUAUCCCCACUGGAAGAGAUUGUUAGGCACCUUUCAAGGAUAGGAUCGUUACACUCUUAAGUUCAUCAUUACCCCCUCCGUUUACAGGACUUACCUUCGAAAGCCACGAUCACUAUCCCACUUCCUAAUAAAUGUGGAAGUUGUGCUAAGUCUGUAGUGGGCUGUGAACACCAGUUGCCUAGCCUAAAGAUGAACACCCUAUCCACAAUUACAAUAGGGCUAUCCCAGUUGGGAGGGAUUGUACUGUGCUUAUCAAGUCCAGGGUCAUUACAAUAUAUUCUUUACAUUUCAGACGCAAGAGCAUAUAAUAGUUGAGAGACAUUUUAAAGCAAUGGUCCGCAAGAAUACUUGUCAGAUACUUAUCCAGUUAAAUUUGAAAGCAAAAAAAACAACAUAAAAAAUGUGAGGAAUACCGAAAAUAAUUGAUUGCAGAGAGUGUUUGUGUUGUGUUUACAAUUUAUUUGGAUUAUGUGUUUUAUUAAAGCCUGUGUAAUGGCCAAACAGUACUUUCUAUGUUUCAGUUGAACACAGACAUCACCAUGGUGCAAUGAUUUACCUAUGUUAGCUCAUUUAGCCUCGGAGCUACCUGGAGUUUGUUAGCCUGCAUACCGCUGCAUGUGAACUUUAAAGGACAUUGGUCAUGAAACGUCAUACAUGUUUAUGCUAGGUGUUACGUCAUCUUUACGAUAGCAUUAUGUAGAUUAUAUGACAUUGCUCACUCAAAUUUGCCAAGUCAUGAGACACCUUCUGUGGUGGCCAUGUUUCCAAAAUGGAGUCUGAUACGUUUGACGAAGGAGCUUGUGAUUCUCUUGUACUUUUCUGAGGAUGUUUAUUAACUCGAGGCUGGAAUAUACUGCAUGGUGACACUUAUAGAAGAUACUAAGGUCUUUAUAACGAGUAGCCUAUCUUUUAUCAAUAUUUUAUACUCUUGUUAAUUUUAUAUAUCCAAUUAACCUUGUGUUCUUUACGCUUAACACUGAUAUGUUUACUGAUAGCUAGAUAUCAGAAGGCUGUAUCUUAUGUACUGUAUGCUUAUCUGAGUGUUCUUACGCUGUCUUUUUUUGUUACCGUGCAUGUUUGUUUGAUUUCAUUAUCGGUUACACUGUGGUUAUUUUAUAGUUAUGAUCUGGAAAUCAUUUAUUUUCAUUUUGUAUUUUAUGUCAACUUGUGGCAUGACUUUCAAAUAAAACAUUAAACCUGA